AUGGCGGGGCAGCCGCCGCCCGGGGGCUCCGAGGACGACUUCCUCGAGCACUUCUUCGCCUUCCCCUCCGCGGCCUCGGCCGGCGCCGCCGGGGGCCACGCGGGCGCCGGUGCCGUCGGGGACCACCCCUUCCCCCUCGCCCUCAGCCUCGACGCCGCCGGCGAGGCCAAGCCGGACCGUGACCCCGUGCAGCUCGCCGGCCUCUUCCCGCCGGUGUUCGCUGGCGCCGGCGGCGUGCAGCCGCCGCACCUCCGCGGGCCACCGCCUCAGCAGAUGUUCCAGGCGCAGCCGAAGCCGGGCGAGGGAGGCAUGGCGCCGCAGCCGCCAGCCCCGCGGCCCAAGGUGCGCGCGCGGCGGGGGCAGGCCACCGAUCCCCACAGUAUCGCGGAGAGGCUAAGGAGAGAGAGAAUUGCAGAAAGGAUGAGGGCAUUGCAGGAAUUGGUCCCCAACACAAACAAGACAGAUAGGGCGGCCAUGCUAGAUGAGAUCCUUGAUUAUGUGAAGUUUCUUAGGCUUCAAGUAAAGGUUUUGAGUAUGAGCAGACUGGGUGGUGCUGGUGCAGUUGCACAGCUGGUUGCUGAUAUUCCACUCUCAGUUAAGGGUGAGGCAAGUGACAGUGGGAGUACACAGCACAUAUGGGAAAAGUGGUCAACUGAUGGCACAGAAAAGCAGGUAGCAAAGCUGAUGGAAGAAGACAUCGGGGCAGCGAUGCAGUUCCUUCAAUCCAAAGCGCUAUGCAUGAUGCCGAUCUCGCUUGCAAUGGCAAUCUACGACACCCAACACUCCCAGGAUGGCCACUCACUGAAGCAUGAGCCCAAUACAUCCUCGUAG